AAAAAUAAAAAAAUAGUAUAUUUAGUUAAAAUAACUUUUUUUUUAUAAGAAAACUCGAAUUAAAUAAUCCAGCACCAUGUCUUAUAUGUUACCACAUUUACACAACGGCUGGCAAGUCGAUCAGGCCAUUCUAUCCGAGGAAGACCGUGUGGUGGUCAUACGUUUUGGCCACGAUUGGGACCCGGCCUGUAUGAAAAUGGACGAAGUCAUGUAUAGUAUUGCGGAGAAAGUGAAAAAUUUCGCUGUCAUUUAUUUGGUAGACAUCACCGAAGUUCCCGAUUUCAAUAAAAUGUAUGAAUUGUAUGAUCCCUGCACUUUGAUGUUUUUCUUUCGCAACAAACACAUUAUGAUUGAUUUGGGCACUGGUAACAAUAACAAAAUAAAUUGGCCCCUAGACGAUAAACAAGAAAUGAUUGAUAUUGUUGAGACUGUUUAUCGGGGGGCACGCAAAGGUCGUGGUUUAGUGGUUUCGCCUAAAGAUUACUCAACGAAGUAUAGAUAUUAAGGUUGGCAUAUAGUAUUUAAGAUAUUUUCGGGUA